CAAGGUCACCGCUCGGUGUGCUUGAAUAUAUUAUCAGUGACGCAGAUUCAACCCGCCAUCCUGGUUUGCAGUUUUCGCUACCUUCAGGCAUGGCUCCUUGUGUCUUCAAACGUCUGCCCCAAUCUGUCAUCCCUAUAAGAUAUGAAAUAGAAGUCAAGCCAUGCUUCUUAAGCUUCAAGUUCACUGGUACACUGUCUUUAUCUGUAUCUAUUGAAGAAGAGAGUUCGGAAAUAUUACUCAACGCCAAAGACAUUUCAGUAAGUAAAGCUACGUUCAAUGGAACUGAUAUUGAGGUCAUUGAGAAACCGGAAUAUGAGCAGGUUUCGUUCGUUCUUGGAGAACCAUUAGUAUCGGUGUUGGGGGAACUAAAGGUGGAGUAUACUGGUAUAAUAAGUGAAAAAAUGGAGGGUCUCUAUAGAAGUUCAUAUAUCUCUGAUGAAGAGGAGCAUUAUCUACUUUCUACACACUUUGAGGCUACUGGCGCUCGACGAGUAUUCCCAUGUUUGGAUGAACCAGAGUUCAAGUCAGUUUUCAGUAUCAAACUUCAUAUUCCUAAAGGAAAGACUGCUAUUUCAAAUAUGCCUCUCUUAUCGAAAGUAAAGCACGAUGAAAACAUAGUUACCUAUCAUUUCCAAGAUACUCCAAAGAUGUCAACAUAUUUGGUAGCUUUUGCUGUUGGAGAUCUUGAGUAUACCGAGGCUAUUGACAAAAACGGAGUUUUAGUGCGUGUGUAUUCGCGUAAAGGUCUUCAUUCAGAACAAAGCCAGAGUUAUAUCGCCCUAAAUGUGGCUUGUCAUUGUUUGCCAUUCUACGGGGAAUACUUCGGCAUUAAGUAUCCAUUACCCAAAGUUGAUUUACUUGCAGUCCCUAAUAUGUGCGGCGGUGCAAUGGAAAACUGGGGAUUAAUAACUUUUCGUGAAAGAUUUUUAUUAGCUAAUCCACGCACAUUGUCUCCAGCAACAAAAGAAGCCAUUACAACCGUAAUCAGUCAUGAAAUAGCCCAUAUGUGGUUUGGUAAUCUCGUUACGAUGGAAUGGUGGACAGAUUUAUGGCUUAAGGAAGGAUUCGCAGCUUGGAUAGAAUACUUUUGUUCUGAUCACUGUUACCCCGAAAUGGAUAUUUGGACACACUUUUCAUAUCAUCGGUUAGCCUCUGCAUUACGUCUAGAUGCACUAUCUAGCUCACAUCCGAUAGAAGUGGAAGUUUCCAAUCCCAAUGAAAUUAAUGAGAUUUUCGAUACAAUAUCUUAUUGUAAAGGUGCUAGUCUUAUUAACAUGCUGCAUGGAUAUUUAGGUGAUAGUAUAUUUCGUUCAGGAUUAUCAUUUUACCUUAGAAGACAUGCUUAUUCUAAUGCAGUUACAGAUGAUCUUUGGUUAGCUUUAACCUCAAGUUGUGGCACGAAUAUUGGUAGUUUAAUGGGCCCAUGGACACGGAAUACCGGAUUUCCAGUUUUAUCUGUCUUACUUGUUAGCAUAAAUAACACUUCUUUAGAAGUACAAUUAUCACAAGAGGAAUAUAAACUUCAAUCAAAAUGUACACAAGAGAUCAAACUCUGGCCUGUACCAAUAACCUUAACCUGUUCUUCAAAAGAUGGAAAACAUUCAUUCGUAUUUAAACAUGUUCUAAGGACAGCAUCAAAAGUAGUAGAUAUACCUCUUGCUUGGAUCACGACUACUAACCCUGACGAUUAUUUGAUACGGGCCAAUGCAGACGCAACAGGAUUUUAUCAUGUAAGAUAUGAUCCAAAGCAAAUGAAUAAUUUAUUGGAUGAUAUGAAGUUGGGUGGAUGGAGCACUUCUAGUCGCUUCGUAUUUAUUAAUGAUGGAUUCGCAUUAGCUAAAGCUGGUUACAUUAGUGUUUACGAUUGGCUUAUACUUUUGCCUAAAUUAAUAGAAAACGAAAACGAAUACUCUGUGUGGCGUGGUGUUCUAGAUGGUCUUAAUACUUAUAUUAAGAGAAUAAUACAGUCUAGUGACAUUCCUUCUUCACUCUAUAAUAGUUUCUUAUUAAAAUUAGUAUAUCCAGUAAUAAAUAAAUUGGGUCUUAUUACAGAUUGUGAUUCCUUGCCACAUAAUACAAGUAUGCUCAGAUCAUUAAUGUUAUCUGUUGCUGGUGCGGAAGCAGAAGAUAAUAAUGUGAUUGAGGAAGCUAAACGACUUUUUGAAGCUCAUCGUUUAGGCAAGAAAGAAUUACCAAAUGAUUUACGUAAAGCAAUUUACACAAUAGCUGUACGUCAUGGCUCUACAGAUGUAAUUCAAUAUCUUAUGAACACAUAUAGUCGUACCGACUCACCUGAAGAACGUCAUCAUAUUCUCUUGGCUCUGGGCGCAGCACGUGAAACUAAUUGUAAUGGCCUUAAUGAUUCUUCUUCUUCGUCGCCUUUAUCGGAUGUUUUACAUUUUUGUUUGAAUCCAAACGGUCCAAUAAAAGAUCAAGAUAGAGUUCAUGGACUGGUCGCUUGUUCAUCGUGGUCUAUUCCAGCUAGACUAGCGACAUGGAAAAGUAUCACCAAUGAAUGGAGUAGAAUAACCGAAUUGUAUGGUGGUCAAUUCUUAUUGCCAACUCUCUUGGAAAAUGUUUUAUCAGGAUUCUCAACAAAAUCUCAUAUAUCAGUGAUCAAAGAAUUCUUCGAUGCGAAUCCGGUUUGUUGUACGCGUACUUUAGAUCAAAUUUAUGAAACUUUGUCUAUAAACCAAACUGUUCUUGAACGUGACAGUCCAUUAAUAGCUAAAGCAUUGAAUACUUUGUGCAGUACUUUUAAUUAAAUGUACUACAUAUUUUCCAAGGUAUAAAUCGUAUGUGGAGAAAACUUAUAAUUCUCUGUUUACACUUUGAAAAAAACAUGUUUCUAAAAAUAAACGUAUCUGUAUCCGCAUUUUCGUUACAUACUUUUCAGCGUAUUGUUAAUUACAUGUUAAGUGUUAUUCAGUUUAAAUUCACAGUAUAGUGACGUUGUUAAAAUAAGGCAUAGUAAUGUAAACCAAUCCAUCAAAGAUUAUACAGUUGUGAGGAUAGUUUUACCACCGACUAGUAUCGACUGGCGAACCAAAGAAAAUCUGAAAACAAUGGGGAACUUCAUUGUUUUAAUUUAGAACUCAACAGCAGUACUCAAUCACACUUCCACGUUGAAUCAAACUGACGUCUUUCGCAUUUUAUCUAUCACUCUAUCAUUUUCUGUUUGUUAUUAAAUAUACUUGUCUAGGCAUUCUCUAAAUACUCCAUACCAUAUACUUAAAUAUGUGAUGGAACAUAGUCAUUUUCCUAAGAUUAUCAAGAAAUUAACGUUUACAACAAAUAAGAGAAUGAAACAUUUCAGAAGUGAUACUUAUUUGUUUAUAACCUCCAGCAGACAAGCGAAGAUUCAAACAAUACUCUGAUUAUAACAGUAGAGUUCUGUUUAGAGAAAAACAAAGAAAUGAAGAAUGACCGUUUAUUAUUAUUAAUUUCAAAAUGCUUAAACGAAACGUAAAAGAUAGAUUUGAUUUGUUUAUUGUCAAGGGAACAGAAAUACGUUAUUGAUUACUAUUACAUUCAUAUUAGCUUUCUUUAGAGUUCAAGCUUUCUUAUAAUAAACCAUAAUUCUUUUGUUAUCUUUGCUACCGUUCAGAUUUGUGUCAAUCGUAAUCAUUUAAAUAUAAAGUUUGUUGUCCUUCCAUAAUUAAAUUCCAAUUUUACUCAUUCUCGGAAAUGGUAUAUUUUCCUGUUUCACUCUAAUUUCUAGUCUUUAAUUUAGUUCCGUGUUUUUAAAGCUUAGAUGUAGCUUAUACGGUGAUCACAUUCUUCAUUAUCGUUCUUAUUUGAGAGCUAACCAUCUAUUACACCUCAUACUUUAAAAUGUAAUCGGGAACAUUCUUGUUUUCCCAUAAUAUGGUUAUAACACAGUGGCUAAACAAUCUUAUUUCAAACGGGUUACUUUGUAGAAACGUGUUAAUAUUGUUACAAAUGAACUGUACCAAUAAAAAAUAACAAAUAUACUUAAUUGAAUACAAUGAAUUAAUCCAAUGUUUCUGUUCGACUGAAAGAAGCAACAGUUCUUCUAGUGAAACAUUUUGGGAUAAAGCUUUCUCAAGUAUUAUAUAUUAGUGAUUAUUGUGAACAUGCUUUUUAAUAUGUACAGUGUGAUAUAUAAAUUCUGUUUGCUUC